AUGCCAGCCGCUGAUCUACAUGUGAUACAUCUGAAACAAGUCGUACCCGAAGAAGUAUUGCUAGAACCACCGUAUCUGGGUGCGGAUCUAUAUCCGAAAGCAAAGCGUGCAUGGUACCGGAAGAAAAGGCUGUUGAUUUCAAUAGGUGUACUAUUAAUAUUUGGCAUUGCAGGAAUCAUUAUUGGUUCGGUUUUAGGAACAAGAUCAAACAACAGUGGAGCUGACACUACAAUCAAUUGGAAAGGUGGUAUGUGGGCGUUUGCAUGCGAUUUCAAUACUCCAAACAUGGCGGCUGUUCCAACUGAAUCAUCACUUUGCGGACCUAAAUGUAUAGAAACUUUAAAUUGUACGCAUUUUACUUGGACUGAUAUGAACAACGGUACAUGCUUCAUGAAAGCUGGUAAUAUAACGACAGAAGACGCAGUUCGCACUACUGAUCCGACUAUGAUUUGUGGCGUAGCAUAUCUAAGCAAUUAUACAAGGUUCAAUCAAACUAUCGAUUGGCAAGGAAGAGACUGGACUUAUGCUUGUGAUUUUUCGGACGACAGCUUUUUGAUUAUUCGUAGCGUAGGAGCAGAUUGUGGUGGAUUGUGUUUGACUAAUCCACCGUGCACUCAUUUUAUGUGGAGUAAAGUCCUGGGUGGAACAUGUUUUUUGAAACAGGGCAAUGUAACAAAAGACGACGCACUUGCUACGAAUGAUGCCAAUAUGGUUUGCGGAGUGGCGUAUACAAAUGAUGCUGUCUUACUGAAUGAAACUGUCCAGUGGAAUAUCAACAGCACAGCCGUCUCAUGCGAUUUUCAGAAUAAUGAUCUUUCAAAUAAUCAAACCGCACAAGCAGAUUGUAGUAUAUUAUGUUCUAAAACUCCAUUAUGUACUCAUUUUACUUGGAGUCAGUAUUCUGGUGGUACGUGUUUUAUGAAAAAAGGCAACGUAUCACGAGACGAUGCAUUCCGUACAAAUGAUUCCACAAUGGUAUGUGGUAUAUUACUUACUGUAUAA